AUGAUUAAAAAUAAUGGAGUAAAUACAAUGUUCAAUUCAACAUUGGAUAUUGUUUCUCAUUAUGAAAGUUUAAUCAAUCGUUCAUCAUUAGAUGAUAGCAAAAAUUCAAAUUAUAUUAGAAGUCAAGAAGACAUAUCAAGUACACCUGGAAGAUUUUCCCGUAAUCUGAAGCUUGUGGAGGCAAAGUUAAGACAGGCUAGAGCUGAAAUAGUUUCAUUAUCUCAAAGAAAUGUCGAAUUGGAGAGACAAAAUGAAGAAUUAAUAAAGACAGUUAAAGCACUUAGAAGAUCAUGUUCUACUCAAUAUACCACUGAACCAGAAAACUUUGGAAAUACAGAAUCUUUAGGUGCUACAUGUCUUGAUGAAAAAGAUACAAUGUUUUAUAAUGAAACAGAUAGAAGUUCUGUUAUUAAUAAGUUUGCUUGUUAUUCAUCAAGUAACACUAGUUUAGGAAUAUCAGGAAGUUCUAGAAAAAGAAGUUUAUCUACAACAUCUUGUGAUAUUGAAUCUAAAAUUAAGAAAAAUAAUGGAUUUAGUACACCACAAAAAUUUAAUGGUAACGAUAGCAGUUUAUUUAACUAUAGUAGAGAUCCAGUUCAAUUUGUAACCCCAAUACGUGAAAUGAUAGCUCAUAUGACAACGAAAUGGGCAAAAUAUGAAGAUAUUGAAAAUAAUCCACAUAAAGUUGUUAAACCAAAAGUUUUUGUUGGUUAUUGUGAUAUAUGUGAAACAUUUGUUCUUAAAGGAAAAAAUUGUUUGACAUGUACUGAGUGUAAUAUUUUCCUUCAUAGUAAUUGUAUGAAGGAUGCUCCAAUUCCAUGUGUACCAAGACCUCCUAUAACUUCUAAACAACCUAAGAUAAGGCCGUCACUUUUAGAUUUUUGUCCCCGUCUUCAUCCUAUGAUACCAUACAUUGUUGUCCAUGGAGUUAUUGCAAUAGAGAAAUACUUUAUUACAACAGAAGGACUUUAUCGUAUUCCAGGUGCUGGAUGUGAAGUAGUUAAACUUCUUAACAAUUUUAAACAUAAUCGUGUAAUACCUGAUUUAAAAAGUUGUGCAGCUGAAACUAUUACUGGAUGUAUCAAAAAAUUUCUUCGUGAAUUAAGAGAACCACUAAUACCAACAACAUCAUGUUUAGAAUUUAUUAAGGCUGUCAAGUUACGGGAUCUUGAAGGCUUAAAUUUUGCAAUAUGUAAUUUACCUUCCCCCAACAGAGAUACACUAGCUUAUCUUUGUCUUCAUUGGAAAAAAGUUGCAUCAUUGGCACAUAUAAAUAAAAUGCCAAUAGAAAAUAUUGCUUGUUGUCUAGGUCCUACAGUUGUUGGUUCUGUAAUAAAAUCACAUGAAUCAGUUUUAAAUAAAGUUGAAGAGGAGGCAAGAGAUCAAAACAAUGUUGUUGUUCAACUUCUUAAUCUCACAGAAGAUUAUUGGAAACAAGUUUUGAAAGGAAAAUUAAAUGGAAUUUAA